AUGGAUCUCAUUCUCCCCUCCAAUUUUACAGGCUCAUACUCAUGCGCACGGGUCGCCCUCGUGCUCAAUCGGGAGUACAGUUACUACCUGAUCCAAUUAUACAUUCCUUGUAUGAUGUUGGUCGUCGUCUCAUGGGUUUCCUUCUGGCUUGACAAGGACGCAGUCCCGGCUCGCGUUUCCCUCGGCGUCACCACGCUCCUCACCAUGACCACCCAGUCUAGCGGUAUCAACUCCAAACUCCCGCCCGUUUCCUAUAUCAAGGCGGUCGAUGUGUGGAUUGGCGUUUGUUUGGCGUUCAUUUUUGGCGCCCUCCUCGAAUACGCUGUGGUCAACUACUAUGGGAGGAAAGAGUUCCUUAGAAAGGAUCGGUUGAAAAAGACAAGAAUCGAUGACUGCGUUUGCCCGAGUGAUCGACCGCCCCAGAUGCGACUCGACCUUUCUGCUUACCGCAAAUCACAGGGUUGCCUUUCGUUGGCGCGGCUUCGCGACUAUAUGGGCCGUAACGCCGAUUUGUCGCGCCGCGUCGACCUGAUCAGCCGAGUCUCCUUCCCCACGUCGUUUGUGUUAUUCUUGGUCUUCUACUACUUCCAAUACGUAAUGACGUCGAGGGAAGACCGCAUUCGCCGCGUUCCA